AUGUCCCCAUAUCAGUUAGUCUAUGGCAAAGCCUGUCACUUGCCAGUUGAGCUAGAGCACAAGGCUUAUUGGGCAAUUAGGUAUCUGAAUCUUGAUUCAGAAGCUGCAGGAAUUAAGCGGAUGCUUCAGUUGAAUGAGCUUGAUGAAUUCAGAUAUUCAGCCUAUGAGAAUGCCAAGCUCUACAAGGAAAGAACCAAGCUAUUGCAUGACAAAAAGAUUGCCAUCAGAGUCUUUGAGCCACGACAAAGAGUACUUUUAUAUAAUUCAAGGCUCAAAUUCUUUUCCGGGAAGCUGAAAUCCCAAUGGUCAGGACCGUUUGUGGUUACCAGAGCCUCACCAUAUGGUCAUGUGGAAAUACAGGAAGAAAAUUUUGACAGGAAAUUUAUUGUGAAUGGCCAGAGGUUGAAGCACUAUCUUGGAGGCGAGAUUGACCGCCAGAGGACCACUCAUCUGCUGAACUAG